AGCUAGUUUGUACUCGCCAUAAUUGAAUGCAAAAGUUGAUAUCCUCACCAAAUUCAAUGGAUAUUCGUUCGAGGACGCGUUUUCAAAUAACCAACGGUUUCCAUACUUGAACAUGUGAUAUGUCAAAAGUAGCUAACGUCAGAUUAAGACGUCACAUUGUUUACCAUUUUCGGUAGAUGGAAAACAAUCCAAGCAUCGCUACUAAACAACAUAUUUCUUCAGCACAAUACCUAAAUUAUAUACUGUAGAGUAUAUUUCCGGCUCUAUAGACUAGUGUCGUGUACUCCAUUGCGUACGAAAGAGUAAUACGCUAUCAAAAUGGCGCACAGCAACAAUUGUGCGCUUUGUUUUACAAACGAUUCAAAGUGGUUUAUGGAAGUGUUUAGUGACGCUAACAGUGAGCUGGAUAUGGCUUCGAUCAUAUCAAAACACCUAUGGUUUGAACUUAAACCAGCAGAAAAUCCGCACGUGUGUAACGAAUGCUGGACAAGUUUACACGAUUUUCAUCUGUUUUACACCACGCUGGCAGGCAUUCAUAGCGCGGAUAUCGAGGGAAAUGAUACGAUAGAGCAGCAAACGGAAAAAUCUGAGUUGUUCGGAGCUAUUCAAGAUGACCCUUUUCGAGAAAACGACAAUGAACCAGAGCUAGCUCAUGAGAUAAAGCCUGUAACAAGAAAAAUAUCGGCCGGAGUUACUAACCAGUCCAUCGAAUACCAGACUGAAGCUGGGCCUUCGAGCAAAGAUGAAAAGAAACACUUUGUCGAGGUAAUUGAUUAUGUUAGCAACGAUGAAGAUUUUGAAGACUUCUAUCAAUCAGAGGACAAUAUGCUCGACGAUGACACUCUUAACAUCGACUACAAGGAAAAUUCUCAAACGGAAGAGUCAACACAAAUCGAUGCAAAUGAUAUUACAAUGCCUGAAGAGGAACCACCAAAACGUCGUAGUGGUCGUCCAUCGAAAGUAAAACUCGAGCAGGACGUAACUCCAACGGAAGCACUUAAAGAACCACGUACAACCGUUUCGACAGCAACGCCAAAACGACCUAGAGGCCGCCCUCCGAAGCAAACUCCGAAUGCACACAGCACAAAGGAAGCAAAUGAUAUCGGCGUCAAAGAAGAGAAAUCACCACUCCAAACAACAUGCACCGCCGCACCUUUACCGAUCAAACGUGGUAGAGGUCGGCCACCGAAAAGAAGGCUAGAAGCUUCGACCGCAGAUUUUAAGCUGCGUUCUGGUAUAAAAAUCGAAGUUAGUGAAGAAAAUCCCCCCAACACGAUAGCAGAUAGCACUAAAAAGAAAACAAUUCGUGCUCGGAAACCAACGCCAGAAAGUGAAUGCGAACAGGACGAUAAUUCAGAUGAUGAAGAAGAAUGGCGGGUGAGCAAGAACGUCACAAAACGCAAUAGAAAGGAUCGUGAUGAGCGAAUAUUCAAGUACGUGGAUGAGUUUAGCUGUUACUACUGUAUUGACCACGUGACCUUUAAACGCUUUAUUGAAGCGAACCGACACUACAAGCUGGUGCACCAGGAGUCAGCCUUCUUGAAGUGUACGAUAUGUGAGAAGAAAUGUUAUACACCCGGCAUGUUUGUAAGCCACAUGGAAACGCACGAAGAUCCGGCGAAGAGUAUAUGUACCAUUUGUGGAAAAGUUACGGACUGUAACAUCUCGCUUAAGAAGCAUAUGCGCGUCCAUUCACGCCAGCUGGAGCAGAACUUACCGUUUCCCUGCAGCAGCUGCAAACGAAGGUUCGAAUCGGAGGAGUUGCGAAACAAGCACGAAAAAUUGCACGUUCCAAAACCGCUCGUUAGGCGUGACAAGGGACCGGAUCUGGAGGUGCUUGCCUUCUACAAACGCAUCUAUUGUGAUGUUUGCGAAGAGGCGACACCUAAUUCGACUUCGUUCGAAAACUUCUGGGACCUGCGGGUGCACAUGGAGCAGGAGCACAACAAGAAUGCGUACCUUAAAUGUCCCAUUUGUAACAAGAGAAACCUUUACCGGCAGCACUUGAUCACGCAUAUAGACAUGCACAAUAAUCCGGAGAAAUAUCGGUGUGAAGUUUGUAAAGAAAUUUACCAGAACCUUGAUACGCACAUGAUUAAGGCGCACACACCCACCACGGCGAUAUCAGCAGACAAAAAGUACAAGUGUGACCAGUGUGGCAGAAUGUUCAACUAUUUGGCCAACUUAAAAAUUCACAUCGAUUGCAUUCACGGUUCGAAAGAUGUGCGCUGCAACGUUUGCGAUAAGUAUUUCAAUCUAAAAGCUUACCAAGUGCAUAGGCGAACGGCUCACACGGACAAGAUGUUCAUAUGCGAGCAGUGUCCAAAGAUGUUCAGAACACGUGGCUCAUUGGAAGUGCAUAAAACCACUCACGAUUCAACCUCGGUGCAGUUUAAGCCCUGCAAACUGUGCAACAAGCAAAUACGAAUUACAAACAUCUAUAAGCACAUGGUAACGCAACACUCCCAGGAUGGACCGGCGAACUGUGAGCUGUGCGGCAAAACGUUCCGCACCAUGUUCCACAUGAAGCGGCACCAGAAGAAUUCGUGCGAAGCAACGAUCAACUCGCGCAAGCACAAAUGUGAAGUGUGUGGCAAAGGAUUCUGCUUGAAGCUGACGAUGAUCGAGCAUAUGACGACGCAUACGCGUUCGAACAAGUAUCAGUGUGCGUUUUGCUUCAAAUCGUUUGGCUAUAUCUCUAAUUUGUACAAACAUCGGAAGAAGGCACAUCCGCAGGAAUGGCAGGACAUACUGGCACGUCCCGAGGAGGGCAUAGCAUCGGUUAUUGUUGUGAGAAACUAAGAAACAUUUUCUUAGUCUACACUUCAACGGCAAAAGCGUAUCGUUUUAAUAGGCUUAACGCUAUACUAGUUUAUGAAGUGUUACAAAUUCUUCUUUGUGAUACUACAACAUUAACAGCUUUUUGAUUUUACUAUCACUUCUGCCUUUCCUAGACUUUUUUUAUCCGUAGCUCGAAAAUUUCGUGUGAAAAACCGGUCCCUGAAUAUUCGUAUGAAGCGACAGUCUGUCUCAUUACUGUAUUAUAUUAGUUCAGAUUUAUGUAGAAGUAAUUUUAAAUUUAACAUUAAUUUCAUCACAUAUUGCGUAAACAUAUGCGGAUAUGUAAUUAAUGUAACAGACGGUUAAAAUCACCCCCGGCAGAUUAGUAUUAGUAGUAGCGUAAGUAAUAAUAAAUGUAGGAUUGAUUAUGAAACUAUAGUA